GUGGAACCGGAGGCGGCGGCGGCGCUGGCGGCGGCCGUGGUGGCGGAGGCGGCGACGGUGGAGACGGCUGCCCUAGUGGGAGAGGCGGCGGCGGCGGCCGAGGAGGAGGAGGGGGAAGCGGCGGCGGCAAAGGGCUCCAGACCCAGUUCCUGGACCUGCCCUGGAAAAGAAGUAUCCUGUAGAGAUGAGCUCACUGCAGUUACUUAAUUAACAAUUUGUAAGCUGCAAAAAUGGCAAUGGGCCAACCAAGAACAGCUACAAUUUGAAUUUUUCUAUUUCCAGAAAAUGUAGUACCUACCACAAAACCACAGUACAUAAAUUGCCAAGUGUGGCCGACUUGCACAUUCCUUUUAGAAGAACUUAUAACUGUAGCUACUCUAUCAUCACCAUUUUAUAGAUGAGGAAACUGAGGCACAGAAAUUAAAUGAUUUACCCAAGAAGUUACUGCAAAAAAUGCUUGGACAGAAGAGAUGAGUACUAUUUCCACUAAGGCCUAGAAUUGCCUACUGUACAAAUAGUCCUGAUCAGGCAAUAUACGAAUGGCCCAAGGAAGCCACCAAAUUGAUUUUCAGGUUUUACAUGACCUGCGACAAAAAUUCCCUGAAGUACCUGAAGUUGUUGUAUCCAGGUGCAUGUUACAGAAUAAUAAUAACCUGGAUGCCUGCUGUGCUGUUCUCUCUCAGGAGAGUACAAGAUAUCUUUAUGGUGAAGGAGACUUGAAUUUCUCAGAUGAUUCUGGAAUUUCUGGUCUACGCAAUCACAUGACUUCUCUCAACUUGGACUUGCAAUCACAGAACAUUUACCACCAUGGAAGAGAAGGAAGUAGGGUGAAUGGAAGUAGGACUCUAACGCACAGCAUUAGUGAUGGACAACUUCAAGGUGGCCAGUCCAAUAGCGAACUAUUUCAGCAGGAGCCACAGACAGCACCAGCUCAAGUUCCUCAAGGCUUUAAUGUUUUUGGAAUGUCCAGUUCUUCUGGUGCUUCAAAUUCAGCACCGCAUCUUGGAUUUCACUUAGGCAGCAAAGGAACAUCUAGCCUUUCUCAACAAACUCCCAGAUUUAAUCCCAUUAUGGUAACUUUAGCCCCAAAUAUCCAGACUGGUCGUAAUACUCCUACAUCUUUGCACAUACAUGGUGUACCUCCACCUGUACUUAACAGUCCACAGGGAAAUUCUAUCUAUAUUAGGCCUUACAUUACAACUCCUGGUGGUACAACUCGACAGACACAACAGCAUUCUGGCUGGGUAUCUCAGUUUAAUCCCAUGAACCCUCAGCAAGUUUAUCAGCCUUCACAGCCUGGUCCCUGGACUACUUGUCCUGCAUCUAAUCCUCUGUCACAUACCUCAUCUCAACAGCCAAAUCAGCAAGGCCACCAGACCUCUCAUGUCUACAUGCCAAUCAGUUCACCUACUACUUCACAACCACCAACCAUUCAUUCAUCUGGUAGCUCACAGUCUUCUGCCCAUAGCCAAUAUAACAUUCAGAAUAUUUCAACAGGACCUCGAAAAAACCAGAUUGAAAUCAAACUUGAACCCCCACAAAGAAAUAAUUCUUCAAAACUGCGUUCUUCUGGACCUCGAACCUCCAGCACUUCCUCUUCAGUCAACAGCCAGACCUUAAACAGAAAUCAGCCCACUGUUUACAUAGCUGCCAGCCCCCCAAAUACGGAUGAGCUGAUGUCCCGUAGUCAACCUAAGGUCUAUAUUUCAGCUAAUGCCACCACAGGAGAUGAACAGGUCAUGCGGAAUCAGCCCACACUCUUCAUAUCCACAAACUCUGGAGCAUCUGCUGCCUCCAGGAACAUGUCUGGGCAAGUGAGCAUGGGUCCUGCCUUUAUUCAUCACCAUCCUCCCAAAAGUCGAGCAAUAGGCAAUAACUCUGCAACCUCUCCUCGAGUGGUAGUCACUCAGCCCAAUACGAAAUACACUUUCAAAAUUACAGUUUCUCCCAAUAAGCCCCCUGCAGUUUCACCAGGGGUGGUGUCCCCUACCUUUGAACUUACAAAUCUUCUUAAUCAUCCUGAUCAUUAUGUAGAAACCGAGAAUAUUCAGCACCUCACGGACCCUACGUUAGCACAUGUGGAUAGAAUAAGUGAAACACGGAAACUGAGUAUGGGAUCUGAUGAUGCUGCCUACACACAAGCUCUUUUGGUACACCAGAAGGCCAGAAUGGAACGACUUCAAAGAGAACUUGAGAUUCAAAAGAAAAAGCUGGAUAAAUUAAAAUCUGAGGUUAAUGAAAUGGAAAAUAAUCUGACUCGAAGGCGCCUGAAAAGAUCAAAUUCUAUAUCCCAGAUACCUUCCCUUGAAGAAAUGCAGCAGUUGAGAAGUUGUAAUAGACAACUCCAGAUUGACAUUGACUGCUUAACCAAAGAAAUUGAUCUUUUUCAAGCCCGAGGACCACAUUUUAAUCCCAGCGCUAUUCAUAACUUUUAUGACAAUAUUGGAUUUGUAGGUCCUGUGCCACCAAAACCCAAAGAUCAAAGGUCCAUCAUCAAAACACCAAAGACUCAAGACACAGAAGAUGAUGAGGGAGCUCAGUGGAAUUGUACUGCCUGUACUUUUUUGAACCAUCCAGCCUUAAUUCGCUGUGAACAGUGUGAGAUGCCAAGGCAUUUCUGAGCCAAAUGGCCCUGUAUCUUCUCUAAAACCACAUCUAAAGUUCAAGAAACUAGUCUGUCAUCGGGAAAAAGUUUCACUGCUACAUAGGAUUUUGUCAAAUUGAAGGUGUGACAAGAUGGUGUUGUGCUAAUGUUAAAUGUCAGCCCACAGAGCUAAUAAUACCUCAGUAUAAUGUCAUGAGCAGUUGAAAUUCAUCACAUGAAAAGUAAUCUGCUGAAAGACUUGGUUGCCCACUGCCUAACUGUGUACAGUGUUACCAGUGUCCCAUUAUGGAUAAUUCUCAAUAUGUUAACACCUAGGUGUUCCCAAUACCUUUUUCCUCUCAUGUCACUACUGAAUUUUGACAGGAGGAAGGAACAGAAUUAUAGCUUGUUUUAUUUGUAAAGCUUUCAGUGAAACACUACAUACACAAAGAAAAGGAACAAGGUUUAACUAUUUAAGAACUGUUUGCUGCCGCAUAGUGCCAUUGGAUAGGGGAAGAACUUCAGAAAUCUGUGGUACUCUUGGCCUUGUCUUUGUCUUCCCUGAACAUGUCUCCACUCUGUGAAGCCAGCAUCUAGGGGCUAAAGAUGCAAAGGAAAGCAGCAUGCAUUGUCUGUACAAAUGUGCAGUGAAAUACCCCAAAGCUUUUCCUACUGUACAGAUCUCUCGAGUCUGCUUUAAGUGAUUUCUUCUUGAUUAUUUUCUUAUAUUUCUAUAUGUAUAGUGUAAUAGCCUUUUGUUAACUAAUUUUCUUUUUCCUUUUAGUAAUUAAGCACGAUCAUGUCCCUUUUUAAGCCUUACCUGAGAGGAACAAUGCCUUAAAAUAAAAAAGCAUUAAUGAGAUAAAACUAUGCACAGAAUAACUUUCCUCUCCUUAUUCUGUACUUUGCCCUCAUGAGUUCCAAUGUUGUGUGAAGACAGGCAGAUGCUGCACAGUGAAUUGCAGAUGAUAUUACAGAAGUGAUGUCUGUAGGUCACAUUAAAUACUGACUUGAGCAGUGGGUGACACAACACAGUGUUUUGUCUUCCACAGGGAAGCUUAAAACAAAAGAUAUUUUUAACCCACUGACAGAACAACAAGGUUAAGCGUCAUCUGCUUGGUGUCCCACAGAACUUGCACAAGCAAUUGUUAUGGGGAAAGUACAGUCUCAAAACCAGCAACAGCAGCAGUACCUACAGCCCUUUUUUUGGACAGAAGUUUAAAUGCUUUACUGUUGGGGCAGUCCAUUUCUAAUCCUGACUUGGUGACAGUAUCAUGUGUAUUUAUAAAACAAGGCUAGCCAUAUUUAGGACAACUGAAGAAAAGCUGGAAAAAAAGAAAAACAAGCAAACUUGAACACUGAAGCAACCUCAAGCAUCUCUUUAUUUUGAUGAUAUAUUUUUGUAAGGAAAAUAAGUAUUCAGAUGUUCAGGAAUGUAUAUAACUAAAUGAAAUCAAGAAAAAGAAAUAACAGUGUGCAUUUAAAAAGACAGAAUUAUGAAAUUAUAUGAGUGCUUAGAAUGGGGCUAAGGGAAGUGCUGAAAUAGAGCAAAGGAUGGAAGAUAAUGUAGACUAUCACCCACUGUAAAUGUUUGCAAGUGGCUGUGUUUUAAAUGGGAUUAUUACAGUUGAUCUCUAUGAAUGUCAGAGCCUUAACUUUCAGGCUUUGCAUUUUGUAUAUGGGAAGAAAUAUGACAAUCCUAGGUAAUUAAACCAUAAACCCAAAGCCCUUACGUUUGAUGCAAUUUAUUUUUAAAAUAGGCCUUGUUUUUCGGCUUCAUCUGCAGUUCUAUGUGAAGAUUGGUAAAUCAGUUUUUACUUGUUUUAUUAAUAAAACGUAAUUUGGAUAUCUUGAGUUGAUGGUUUUGUGAUUUAGCUGGGUAAACUAUCUUUGUAACAGAUAAGUUAUUUAUAAAAAUUAAAAAACUUAUAUUCUAA